AUGAAAAAAGGAUUGUUUAUUCUCUUUCUAGUCAUCGCUUUUGCUCUGGCUGUUGUCGCAUCCCCUGGACUCAGUAAAAGAGGAAAGAAACAAAAAAAGCCUAAGCCUGGCAAGCCAUCUCAACCACCGUCUAGUAGUGAUGCAGACUUUGCCAAAGACUCUUUAUCUGGUGCUGCAAAUGGACAUGUUUGCGAUGUCUCAAAAAUCAAAACUAAAGCAAAUGGUACUCAAUUAAAAAACGGUGGUCGAUCCUGUUCCGAUACCCAAAUAGGAGAAAUUCCUGAUGUUAGCCAGAUGGUCUCAUCACUUAUUACCACACCAGAAAAUGGCCAAGUCUUAAAAGCAAAUACUCCUUUCACAGUCUCUGUAAUCAGUGCUAAUUUGGCAACUGGAAACUUCGAUGAUCCAGAGACCGAAUAUUAUAAAUUUUCACAACAAUUAAACAAAAAAGGUUUCAUCAAGGGCCAUACACAUAUUACAGUUCAGCGGUUGAUAAGUACCAAAUCAGCGCCAGAUGCAAGGGAUCCCAUAUUUUUCAAAGGAUUAAAUAAUAUAACCAAAGAAAGCACUCUGUCAGUAGAAGUAACGCCUGGAUUGAUACCUGGAAUUUAUCGUAUUUGCACAAUGACUGCCUCGUUCGCACAUCAACCUCUUAUAAUGCCUGUUGCUAAACGUGGUGCUCAAGAUGAUUGUAUUCGAGUUAAAACUGCUUAA